AUGGCACCAGCUAUAGUAGGGGCGAGGGCACAGAACAUAGACUUUUGCGACAUAUAUUCAUCUGAUGGCCACCAUAGGGAAGAACCUUGGAUAAUCGCCAAUCGGGUCGCUGAAAUGGAAUUGGAAGACCGAACAACCAUCUGCAUGACACACCUCGAGGAAUCCCACUCAGUUAAUCCAUUCGAUGAAACGCUCCUAUUGGCACAAGCUCAGGUGGCUCGGAAAGGCUUGGCAAAAGUGAACGAUAAUUGGGAGGUAGACAGAGGCUUGCUACAUCAUCAUGUCUAUACACCGGACCAGUGGCUCUUGCCCGGAAGUCGAGCACCCAGCUACAAUGCCGCUCAAACACAAGCUCAACUACUAUGGACUACGAGGGUGGUACCCUAUCUCCCGCCAGGUGCUGUCUAUCGUUCAGAUUUUUAG